AUGAGCUUCAAUAUUUUAAAAAAUAUUAGAAAACGUCAAUCUAUUUAUGAUGAUCAAUCAACGAAUGCGGAAAGAGAACCAAAGGUACCUCGUAUCAAUAUUCAUAGAACAGAUGAUUUAAUUAUGGAUGAUGCAAACUCGACCCCGUCUCUAUCUCCAUAUCAUUCUUCUUGCCCUUCACCGUCAAAUCCCGUUAUCAAUUACAAUGAUCAAUAUAAUACUUGGAAUCCGCAAUAUUAUAACAGUUUGCAAUAUUAUCAACAUUUGCCGUAUAAUAAUCAACCAGAUAAUAUGAAUCCAUUUUUUCCAGCCAACUACAUGAUAUCUCAGGACGAUAAUGGAGUAUCAGGUGCAUUGAAUAGAAUGACUAUCGAGGAAACAAAUGAGGCUGCAUCAGAAAUCUUUGUUUCAGGAACGAUGGCAACAAUAAAAGGAGCAUGUAGUGUAGCUCAAAAUUUCGAAACAUUUAUGCCCUUCGUCACAACAUUUAUUAAACUAGGAGAAGAGAUUAUCAAUUUAUAUGAAAAAGCCAAACAUAAUAAAGAGUUAUGUGGGCUCUUACUACAAAGAUGUAAUGGUGCAAUGGCUGCA